AUGGUCGAGCGAAUCUGGGUAAUGAUGAGAGACAUGAAGGCUUUAGUAGCCAUGGUGAUUGUUCAAAUAGGUUACGCAAGCCAAGACAUUAUUUUCAAACUCGUGGUCGAAGAUGGUGUGAACGUCAGAGUUGUGGUGGCAUAUCGUCUCAUCUUCGCCACCAUUUUCAUGUUUCUCGUUGCAUUCAUCUUUCAAAGGCUUGUUUACAAAUAUACGUAUAACACAUGCAUGAUGCAUUCAUCUUUCAAAGCAUACAGCACAGCAGGACCGAAUCUUCUAUUGGCUGAGGCAUUGGCUCGGACAACAGCUACGUUUAUAUCAACUGCGUACAUUCUUGUCCCGUUCGUAACAUUCGUCUUGGCUGCUGUACUUAGAAUGGAAAUAGUACAACUUGAAUCGAACUAUGGAAAGGCCAAGGUGAUUUGGACGCUGCUCGGUGUUGGUGGAGCGUUUCUUUUCGUAUUGUACAAAGGAAAAGAGAUUCAUCUCUGGUCGACUCACAUUUAUCUGGGAGGUCAACCACAUAGUGGUACCGGUCACAGCAUUUCUUUGCUCGGAGGAUUUCUUGUUCUAGGAAGUCAAGGACUUGGAGGACCAUACUGGAACACGGCCCUGAUGAAUCUGAUGGGGAGCUUGGUGACUUUUCUUGUGGCUCUUUGUUGGAAACCCAGUUUAGAAGAUUGGAGAUUAGGAUGGGAUAUUACAUUGGUUGCUCGUAUCUUUUCGGAAAUUAUGAUCUCGGGGAUGGCAUUCGCAGUCAUUGUGUGGUGCGUGGAGUCUAAUGGACCAGUGUUUGUGUCCAUGUUUAGCCCUGUAAGACUUGUGGUUGUUGCCAUUGUCGCAUCUCUUAUUUUAUAG